CCCGCGGGCCGGGCGGGCGGAGGGCGCUGAGGCUUCCUAGAGCUCUGCUGUUGUUCUUCCAUCCUGGAUCAGCAUCACAAACAAAGACACCGAGGGCAGCUCUGGCAACCUGGAUGACUGAUGUUUGUUUUUUAGUGACUGUUACACUGGAGGAAAGUGUUCCCGGACACUCCCAGAGACAACUGUAUCACCAGAGCAGAAUCCACAAGUCAAAUGGGUGUUUUGUACUAUUUCUGAACCCUGCAGAUUGCCUUGGGACACACCCCCCCCGUCCUGCUGCAAUGAGUGGGAAGUCCUUGCUCCUGAAGGUCAUUCUCCUCGGGGAUGGUGGAGUUGGGAAGAGCUCCCUCAUGAACCGCUACGUCACCAACAAGUUUGACUCGCAGGCGUUCCACACGAUCGGGGUGGAGUUCCUGAACCGGGACCUGGAGGUGGACGGGCGUUUUGUGACCCUCCAGAUCUGGGACACGGCGGGACAGGAGCGGUUCAAGAGCCUGCGGACGCCCUUUUACCGGGGGGCAGAUUGCUGCCUGCUGACCUUCAGCGUGGACGACCGGCAGAGCUUCGAGAACCUCAGUAACUGGCAGAAGGAGUUUGUCUAUUACGCUGACGUGAAGGACCCCGAACACUUCCCAUUUGUAGUCCUGGGCAACAAAAUAGACAAACUGGAGAGACAGGUGAGCACGGAGGAGGCCCGGGCCUGGUGCAUGGAGAACGGUAACUAUCCAUACCUGGAGACUAGUGCCAAGGACGACACCAAUGUGACAGUGGCCUUUGAGGAAGCUGUGCGACAGGUGCUGGCGGUGGAGGAGCAGCUGGAGCACUGCAUGCUGGGCCACACCAUUGACCUGCACUCCAGCUCCAAAUCGGGGUCUUCCUGUUGUUAAGAGUGGCUGCUGCUUCGGGAACACUGCUGGAGCCAGCGGCUGGAUGGGAACACGCGUGGGCAGCCCUGGGGCACUCUGAGGAGAGUGGCCAUGAGGACAAUAAGUGGUUUGUGCUCACUGGGGAGUUGCAGCCUCACCGUCUGAAUCCUGCCUGGAGUUCUCAGGCACAGAGCAUGUAUCCGCAGGAGGGAGCUGUUUAACAGAGCAUGUGAGCGUAGUCUUGCUUCCAUCUCUGCCUGUUUUAGCAGGUUUAAAGGACUGGGUUAAAGUCCUUUAAAUUCACUAAAGACAGUAGUGAUCUGUUCUGUACCAAGAACUGCCUGCAGAGCAAAGCUGAGAGCACUCUGAAGUAUUUUAUUCCUGAACUCAAAAAAAAUACUAGACCCACUCAUGACCAUACUGCCAAAGGAAAGCCUGCUCAGCAUCCUGAAAAAACUUGUUGUAAAGACUCUGGCCCUUGUGACUGUGAAAAAGCCAAAUACUGGAGAGGCUGGGGUGUGUGUACCUGUUGUUUGGGAUAAGUGCAUUGUGUCCUGAGACUGACUUGUGAUGAGAAUUGUUAGAGCUCUGAUCUGGAGCAAUAUAUGAAGGAGAGAUGGGCCUGUGUUUGAAUGUGACAGCAUUGUUUCUUUGUAGCUGCCUAUUUCUGGUCUGUUUUUCCUCACCUUUUUUUGUCUUGUGUGAGUGUUAUUUUUUGUUAUUUAUGUCUGUUGUUGUUUAAUAUAUGUUUCCUUGUCUCUUGUGGAGGCUCAA